UCAAGAUUAGCGAGUAUGGAGAAGAGCGCAUAUUUCGAGAGUGUAAAUCGUUUAAAUGUAUUCGUGAAUUUUCUCGCUGGUCAUUUUUUGCCGCUCAGCGAUGACCUAAAAAAGUUAGACUUCCUCAGCAUUUUAUGGAUGAUGUUCGCGUGGUCAAUAAAAAUCGUAUACUUAACGAGCUGUGCUUUGGGCACUUUGCAUUUUGCCAACCUCACGGCAGACCAAGCUUUCAAAAAAUCCGGUGCAAUCGCGGUGCUCACUACUGAAAUAUUGAUCCCUCUUUUUUAUCUUAAUAUUCGACGAAGUGAUCUCCACAUAUUGAUCAAGAAUUACAAUCUCAUUCUCAUCGAAUGCGAUGAUUUGAGAGAGUGUGUUUGUCAGACGGUGAAACAUUACAAUGCGGGCCUUAGCUUUUACUUGGUUGCAGGCCUCCUGGCUGCAAUCCUUUUCCCAGCAGCACCAAUUUUUCGAAUCUUCGAGAGUGAACAAUUCACGUACGCCGAUUUUACGUUACCUGCUUAUUUGCCUGGUGAACCAUUCGGGAGGGGUGUUUUCGCAGCCGGUGUUGCUAUACAAGUUGUCGGUGGUUGCGCCAUACAUGUUGGAGCGAUCGCUAUAUAUCUCUAUGUCAUUCAUUACAUAGCCGUAUUGGUGGGUCAAUAUAAAUACGUUCGCAUACGAAUAGCCGAAGCAUUGAGUGAAAAGGACGGUCGAAGGGACGACUUGUCUGUAAUAACUGCCCUUCGUGAUUGCGUUGAACAUCAUUCCGCCGUCAUUAAAGUCGGGCAAAGGCUCAUCGAAGUAUUGGCGUUUCAUAUUGGCGUAACGUACAUCACUUGCAUAAUGGAAUUCUGUUUUCUAGCCUACGGAGUAAUAACAUUCGAGAAUGCUGUCGUCGAAAAGUUCACCUACAUCGCUUACAUAUUUUGCCGUAUAUUGCUGGUAUUCAUGCUCUGCUCCAGCAUUCAAGAAUUGGUCGAUGCAAGCACGUCUGUUACGGAUGACGCAUUUCACGAAAAUUGGUACACUCGGAGUAUGACCGUACAGAAAACCUUUUACAUUAUUCAACUCAGCAACCAAAUAGAAUGUCGUAUCAGCGCUUAUCGAAUCGUUGAUCUCGUCGUUCCAACGUUGGCAUUGAUUCUGAGCAAGUCCUACUCAGUGUGUUUGCUUCUACUUAACGUCAACUAA